CCAUUACUCUAUUUUCUCUCUAAAAAUCUUUUCCCUUUUUUUUUAUAUAAAAAAAUAUUUUUUUACUAAUAAAUCAAGACAUUUAAGCAUGUUUGGAAUCAUGAAAUAAUUCCAAUUAUAAGCCAACCCAUUAAGAUCUCUCUAUCUCUCUUCUUUUCUUUUCUUUUUAGUUAUAUUUUUUUCUAAACCAAAGGGAUUAAUAAUUGGAAUCACAUAUCAAUAUAUUCAAAUCAAAACACACCCUUCUCUACCUUCCAUUUCAAUUACACACACAAAAACAUAUCAUACUAUGAACUCUAAUCCCAAAAAAUCACAACCAACAUUAUCACCACUCUCACUACUAAUUCUCACCCUCUCCUUGUUCUUAUUGUUGCUACCAUGUACAUCCUCAACAAACACCAAUUUCCAACACCAAUUCAAAGAAGCACCUCAAUUCUACAAUUCCCCAAAUUGCCCCUCCAUUGAAGACAAUAACUACAUAUGCUCUGAUGAACUAGUUCAUGUUGCAAUGACACUAGACAAGACAUACAUACGAGGUUCCAUGGCAGCAAUCCUAAGUGUCCUUCAACACUCUUCAUGUCCACAAAACAUCUUCUUCCAUUUUGUUUCUUCAACAAAAUCCAACUCAUCAUCACUCUUACACACCACACUCUCAAAAUCAUUCCCAUACCUCAAAUUCAAACUCUACAAUUUCAGCGACGAAUUAGUCUCUGGCCUGAUUUCAACGUCAAUUCGCUCCGCCCUCGAUUGCCCUCUAAACUACGCAAGAUCCUACCUCCCAACCAUUCUCCCAACAUGCGUGAAAAAGAUAGUCUACCUCGACUCCGACCUCGUACUAGUCGAUGAAAUUACGAAACUAGCCUCCACCCCAUUAAACAAGGAUCAAGUUCUUGCAGCACCGGAAUACUGCAAUGCAAACUUCACAGCUUACUUCACUCCCACGUUUUGGUCCAACCCUUCGCUUUCGCUAACGUUUGCGAAUCGAAAAGCUUGUUACUUCAACACUGGGGUGAUGGUGAUUGAUCUUGAGAAAUGGCGGGAAGGAGAUUACACAAGGAAGAUAGAGGAAUGGAUGGAGCUUCAGAAGAGGAUGAGAAUCUACGAGCUUGGAUCGUUGCCGCCAUUUUUGCUGGUUUUCGCGGGGAAGAUCGGAAGUGUGGACCAUCGGUGGAACCAGCAUGGGCUUGGUGGAGACAACUUUAGAGGUUUGUGUAGAGAUCUUCAUCCUGGGCCUGUGAGUUUGUUGCAUUGGAGUGGGAAAGGGAAGCCAUGGGUGAGGCUUGAUGCUAAUAGACCUUGUCCUUUGGAUGCUCUUUGGGCACCUUAUGAUCUUUUGAUCACUCCUUUUUCUUUGGAUUCUUGAUCAUCAUCAACAAAAUUGUUUCUUUUUAUUGGAUCCAUGACUUGUUUCAUAACAAAUCAGCAUUGCAAGAGGUCGAUUAAGAUGAUAGUUGAGAACUGUUAGACGAUAAUUUAGCCAAAUAUUUUAUGUCGGUAGAAACUCAGAUAUCAACUUCAGGUGAAAUCAAUUUCACCUUAGUUUUCACCUUUUAUAUCAUCUAAUAAUUUUAUUUAUUAUCUUUACAUGAAAAUAAUUUCACGUGAGUAUUCACUUUUUUUUAGGUAGUAUUUAAUUGUUUUUAAAUGUAGAAUUACAUAUUAGACAAGGUUAAAAAAGUUGAUACUUUUUUCAAUAAAAUAAGAAAACAAAGAUGAGUUGCAAUGCUGGUUGGUGAAGCAAGGAAUAAACAAGAGUAAAUAGAAAUUUCUUGCUUUUUAAGAUCAUAUAUGAAUUUUCUUCAAUGUGAAAAUUAGCUAUGUACAGAACAAAGCAUAUGCAGGGGAGAGAUCAGAGAAAGGUUGAUGAUCCUUUUUGUUGAUUCAUUCACAAAAAUUUGAAAAACUCAUUUUCACAAGAGAAAGAAGGGGAGGAUUAUAUUUGUGAUUCGUGAAUGAAGGAACAAAGAUGAUUAGUUUGGUUUAUGAGUUUUUCAUUGAGGAUAAUUGUAUUAUUAGAAAAAUUUGUAAACAAGUUAUUAGUGAGUAUAUAGAGAAAGAGAUAUCUUUUAUUGGAUCCAGAAAGCAAUUUUUGUUUCUAAUGAAGAGAAUAAAAUGAAAAGUUUUU